AUGGGAGCUGUUAACCUGCAAGCCAACUUCAUGGUUGUCUUUAUCAACGAGCAUGGACACAUAAAUAGGGUACAUGCCAAGGAGAGUGUGGGGGCUGAAUAUGUUGAAAAAUACAGACAACUGGAGGAGCAAGAAUUGGUUGCAGUUGGUAAAGAACAGCAUCUCUGUGGCCGAGUGACUCCCUCACCAUUUCUGAAUGAAUCAGACCGUUUGACUCCUCUACCAGUAACUAAGUAUAAAUAUCCUGAUUUGCCUAUAAGCAAAUGUAAAGAAGAGAUAGUCUCAUUGAUAGAAAGCAAUUCAGUUGUAAUUGUUCUUGGAGCAACUGGUAGUGGUAAAAGUACACAACUUCCACAGUAUAUUUUGGAUUAUUACGCUCAUCGGUCUUCCUACUGCAACAUUGUUGUUACCCAACCUCGAAAAAUUGGUGCCAGUAGCAUUGCUAGAUGGAUUAGCAGAGAACGAUCGUGGACACUAGGUGGAUUUGUAGGCUAUCAGGUUAGUUUAGAGAAAGUAGCAACAAAGGAUACAAGAUUAAUUUACAUGACAACCGGAGUACUCCUUCAGAAAAUAGUUGGUGCCAAAAGCCUUACAGAAUUCACACACAUCUUCAUAGAUGAAGUGCAUGAACGUACGGAAGAAAUGGAUUUCUUGCUAUUGGUAGUCCGUAAACUGUUGCGUACAAAUUCAAGAUUUGUGAAGGUAAUCCUGAUGUCUGCUACCAUCAACUGUAUGGAAUUUACUGAGUACUUUUCAGUUCCUAUUCGGGGCAGACUGAGUCCAGCCUGUGUGUUUAAGGUAGAAGGGAAACCCCAUGCCAUUGAAGAAUACUAUCUCGAUGAUCUGAAGCACAUUACUCGUGGCCAGCUUCCUCCUCAGACCUUUGAACAACCUAUGAUAGCAAAAGAAAUGUAUGAAGUUGCAAUCUGUCUUAUUCAGAUGUUUAGUGAAUUGGAAAUGAAAGACAGUAGAGAGUAUAAAAAUGUGACCCCCACGUCAGAUUGUGGCAGCGUGUUAGUGUUUCUACCAGGUUUGGCUGAGAUAAAUUAUAUGCAUGAGCUUCUUUCAAACAUGGUUCACAAAAGGCUGCAAGUGUAUCCACUCCAUUCAAGUGUGACUUUAGAAGAACAGAAUAAUGUGUUUUUGACUCCUGUUCCUGGCUACAGAAAGAUUAUUCUGUCUACAAACAUAGCUGAGAGUUCUUUAACAGUGCCUGAUAUUAAAUAUGUUAUUGACUUCUGUUUGACCAGAACACUGGUUUGUGAUGAAGGCACUAAAUAUCAGAGCCUGAGACUUUGCUGGGCUUCUCAGACUAAUUGUAAUCAGAGAAAAGGGCGGGCUGGACGUGUUUCCAGGGGAUAUUGCUACAGGCUUGUAAGCAAGGACUUCUGGAUAAACUGUAUUCCGGAGAAUGCAGUACCUGAGAUGUUGCGUUGUCCAUUGGGAAGUAUCAUCUUGAAGGUUAAAUUGCUUGACAUGGGGGAACCAAGAGCUUUGUUGGCAACAGCUCUCUCUCCACCUGGUAUAUGUGAUAUUGAACACACAAUCCUUCAACUUAAGGAAGUAGGAGCUCUUGCAAUUAGUGCACAAACUGAAGAAGAAAAUCCUUAUGAUGGUGAGCUGACUUUUUUAGGAAGAGUGUUGGCACAAUUACCUGUGGAUCAACAUCUUGGCAAGCUAAUAGUCCUUGGCCAUGUCUUUGGAUGUUUAGAAGAGUGCCUUAUUAUAGCUGCAGCACUGUCUUUGAAGAACUUCUUUGCAAUGCCUUUCAGGCAGCUCUUUGAUGGAUACAGGAGCAAAAUAAUUUUUUCUGGGAAUAGCAAGAGUGACUGCAUUGCUUUCGUCAAGGCAUUUAAGGCAUGGCAGACUUGUAGGCAGAGAGGACAACUGAGACAUCCCAAGGAGGAACUUGAUUGGGGUCGAUCAAAUUAUAUUCAGAUAAAGAGAAUCAGAGAGGUGGCUGAAUUGUUUGAAGAACUGAAAAAUCGAAUCAAAUCAUUCAACAUGCAUGUUAAUACUCAACCACCUGCUAUGGAUCAGGAAUAUGAAUUCAAACAACGCUUUAUUCUUCAGAUUGUAAUAGCUGGUGCUUUCUAUCCAAACUAUUUUUCAUUGGGACAAUGUGAUGAAGAAAUUGCUGUGAAGAAUCUGACUGGCAGAGAUCCUAAAACCACUGUAAUGGUGAAGAACAUUCCUCCAUACGGGUUCCUGUAUCAUAAGCAGCUGCAAUCACUCUUCAGACAGUGUGGUCAAGUAAAAUCCAUUGCAUAUGAUGAAGCAAAGGCCUUUGUGGAGUUCUCUCGUAAUCCGAUGGAACGAUUUAAAACUCUUCCUGCAGUGUAUCUGGCACUUAAAAUGUCACAGUUGAGAGUUCCUCUUGAACUCAAAGUUCAUUUUCCAGAAGAGAUUGAAAGAAAAAUGGAAGACAGGGUGUUUACAAGUUUGAGGCACACAAGAGUAAAUGUGGAUUUUCAGAAACAGACAGUAGAUCCUUUGAGGAUUUCGUUCAGUGCUCUUGAAGAAUCACAGACAAUCUCAGGUCUUCUCUUACCCAUCAGUGUAACAGAGGUAGUCGAAGUUGGACACUUCUGGGGUUACAGAAUAGAUGAAAACAGUCUGACUUUACUCCAGACCCUAGCUGAUGAAAUUAGUCGCUUUGUCCUGAUGCCUCUGCCAGUCAGUCCACAUCCAGAUUUAGUUUGUCUGGCACCAUUUCCUGAAUUGGAAAACAAAAGAUACUACAGAGCUCGGAUCCUGUAUGUUUCUGGAGAUUCAGCUGAGGUUUUCUUUGUAGAUUAUGGGAAUAGAUUGAGAGUGCCUUUAAAUCUUUUAAUGGAAAUUCCACAACAUCUUUGGACACUUCCUUUUCAGGCGUUAGAAUUCAAGAUAUGCAAGAUGCGUCCCUCUGCAAAAUCUCUUGUAUGUGGAGAUCAGUGGAGCUAUGGUGCUAGUCAAAGAUUCACUUCAUUAGUCAAUGGCUGUGCUCUCAUAGUGAAAGUGUAUUCAGUUGUUCACAGUAUUCUGCAUGUGAAACUUUACCGUCAUUCGGGGGUUAAAGACAUUGUGAACAUUCGAGAUGUGCUUAUUAGAGAAGGCUAUGCUGAAGUAGCUGAAGAAUCAUACCAGUCAAAGCAAAGCCAUGAACUGCUCAACGAGCUGUUUUCAAAACCGGCAAAACAUGAGGACAACACAACCCAAAAAUCCUCAAGAGAAAAAGAGAAACAUCUAAUUGAAAUGAUGUCAAGCAGCUUUUCUGCCAACAAAUUUGGUACUCCAAAUUGCAAGGCAGUGCUUCAUGGCCCAUUCAGUCCUUAUGAGAUGAAAUGUCAUAGUAUGACUCAAGUUGCCAAGUUCAGAACCAUCUCGAUAGACAGAGAGAGUGUAAACUCUGUGAUUGUCCGUGAUACCCUUGCAGAUCCAUUUCAGCAAAUGUUGGUUGCUGCUUCCUUAUCAGUAAAUGCAACUGGGUCUACAAUGUUGUUAAGGGAAACGACUUUUAUGCCUCCUAUCCCUGGGCUACCAGCACUCCUCUGUAUGUUGUUUGCUCCUGUUAUAGAACUCAGAGUUGAUAAAGAUGGGAAGAAUGUUACGGGUGUUCUUUGUGGCUUGGGGUGGAACCAGACUCUUGGAACUCCAGUGCUUCCAGAACAUGAAAUGGAGCUGGCAUUUGAUGUACAUUUUGACGUGGAUGAUAUAGUGGAGAUAAACAUCCUAAGGACAGCCAUUAACGAACUAGUUUGUUAUGGUCCAAAUGUUCCGAUACGCCAUGGAGAAGAGAGAAUUGCACAGCUGCAAGAAAAUGCUCGUCAGAAGCUUUUGAGUUUAAUCUGCAAAUCAAAACCUCGAGAAGUAAUUACUCCCAAAUGGUAUGAGAAGCCUUGUGAAUGGAAUCAGGUGGAUUCAAAACUCAUCAUUGAUCAAUCUGAGAGGCAGAAUGAAAGAGGAAGGAAUGCUUUUCUUUACCAGCUACAUAAGCUAGUUGUGUUAAAUACUUAAGUGUUUUCUACAAGUUGUUUAAAGGAAGAAAUGUUUAAAAAAAGGCUUAACAACUUCCUCCUUUUUUGUGUGAUCUCUUAAAGCUGGCUCUGUCUCACUGGUUCUUAAGAUGAAUGGUGUGCUGUAAUUUUGUUUGGAAUACUUUAAUCAUUUUUUACCCCAAGAUGAGCAAAUGGACAAUGACUUUUUGCAUUGGAAGAUUUGAAUCAAGAUCCACAAGUGCAGAAAAAACAAUCACACCUUCGUAGAAGACAUUUAUUUAAAGCAAGAUGCUUUUUUUCUUUUAAUAGUGCUUGAUAAGGCUUUAAGAAAGCACUAACCAAACCUAAAGGGAAUAGAAGAAAGUUAUUUUAGCUGCUUAGUUAAAAGAUCAUAAAAGCUGAGGAAGAAUAAGAUUUAAUUUUUGUAUUUGAGAUGAUAGAUACUGAGUUGCAAAAUUUUUUUAUAUUCUUUUGUUUGGCUGUUGCUAGUGUUUGGGAAAAUAAAUGUUAUGGCAAAUUG